GAGCGUUCCGCUGCAGUCUGAUGACUUGUAGCUGUUGUUGAAUUUUUUUCAGUUCGUUCUUCUCGUUUCCAUUCUCAUAGUGUAUAUAUAUGUUUGUGCUUAAUCAAAAAUAAAAGGCUGAUGACUGAAUAAAGGCUGAAUCACAACGACGGCGACGAUUAUAACAACGUAUAAUAGAAUAAACAUUUGCAAAACACAAUGUUGUGUCGAAAAUAUUGAAAUCGUUUUGAUCGCUUUUUUACGUUCCAUAUUCAAUUUUGAUUGAGCAGCGAUUCCAUUUUAUUUAUUCCACAUAAUUUACAUAUUUCUUUGUGAUAUUUUCGAAUUGUAAUUCCGGUGGUCAUCCAAAUGAAAUUCAAUUAGCAAUUUUCGUGGUAUUUUCAAUUUGUCAGUUUCAUGUUGUGCACCGUUCAAUUGGUGGCAAUUGAAAAAAAAAAAACAAUUAAUAUUGAAAUUUAAUGUGUUCGAGUGUAUGUGUUCCAAUCUAUAGAGAUAUGUGUCAAUCAAUAUGAUGUGUAAAUUGCUGUUUUAAGAGAAAAAAAUAACACAGAGAGAAUAAUAUCAAUAUUAUUUAAUUUUACUCGAAUGCUGAAAACAGUACCGAAGUUUACUUUACAGGACAGCAGCCGAUAUAAAAAUAGCGAAAAUCAGAAGUGGCAUAUUCGACGGAUAAAUUCUUCUACCUAAAUUGAAAUUGCAGCUAGUCGGGCAACAUGCCGAGAAAAUUGUUGAAAUUUUUAAUUAUAUUUGAUAAUUCAUCGUUGCUAUUCUUUCCUGGCCAAUUUUUAGCGGGUCGCGUUUUGUUAGAACUACAAGACGAUACACCCGCACUUGGAUUACAUUUUCACGUUAUUGGCGAGGGUGUAGUUCGUUCGAGAUCGGCACGUCAAGAGCGAACUUAUGACAAAGAAAGCUAUAUCGAUUUUCGUAUGCGGUUGUUAGGCGAUCCAGACCAAGGGCCCUCAGUUCUAUCGCCUGGCAUACAUUCGUUUCCAUUUAAACUUGGUCUACCAUUGGGCUUACCAUCAACAUUUUUAGGUCGCUUUGGAUGGAUACAAUACUAUUGCAAAGCAGCUCUACGCGAACCAUCUGGAUUAAUUCAUAAAAAUCACCAAGUAUUUAUAGUUAUGAAUCCAAUCGAUUUGAAUUUGGAACAACCGGUUUUAGCCAAGCCAUUCAAAUGUGAAGUUGAACAUCGUGUCGGUGUAUCAUGUGUUGGCGGUGGUAUUAUAAAAUGCAGUGUAACAUUGGAUCGUGGUGGUUUUGUGCCCGGCGAAAGUAUAUUGGUGUCAGCAUAUGUGUCAAAUAAAAGUAAAAUUACUAUAAAAAGUACAAAAGCGGCGCUCACCGAAACGAUAGAGUAUUUAGCACGAGGGAAAAUUGUUCAAAUAGAAAGACGUGAAUUGGCAAUCAUAGCACGUGGUAAAAUUCGUGCGGGCAGUUCUGAUAAAUGGCAAAAUGAAAGCAUAUACGUUCCACCCCUACCGCCGACAAAUCUCGAGGGAUGCCAUUUAAUCGAUAUCAAAUAUGAUGUAUUCUUUAUAAUUGAACCGAAAUCGAUGGAAAAAGAAAUCAAAAUUCAAUUACCAAUAACGAUUGGAACAUAUCCAUUUAGGCACAAUAGUAGCGCAGACAUUUCAAAUACAUGGCCCGAGUCUAUCUUGAAACCUGAUACACAUUAUCCAUCCACGCUGCCAAUAUUCCGUCCAUUUGAAAACUAAUAAAUCGGACACUUUGUCAUUCAUUUUCAAAAGAAAUUGAAAUUUUUCAAUUAGGAAAUCAACAUAUAACGAAUUAUUCAACAAGAACAACAACAAUACUAGCAAAAAAGAGUCGUCGAAAUGCUUUUCUUGUAGAAAUCUAAAGAUUUUAAUCAUUUUGGCUGAAAAACGUGCCUCAUACACUUGUCACACUUAGCUUUUGCAAAGAAACAUACAAAAUGUUUAUUCUUUUUAUUGAUUAGUAUGUAAUAAUUGGCACAAUAAAAAAAAAACUAAUGUACAUAUAUAUAUGAUGUAUUUGAACUAUUCCAUAGAGCGAGUCAAUAAUAAAUUAAUGGAUACUUACAUUUUGCCAUAAGAAUGCAACAAUGUUGUUAAAAUGCUAAUAAAAUUUACAAAAGAAAUGCAAUAAAAAGAAAUCAAGUAUUUUAAA